AGUUUUACCAUUAUUCACAUGGUUACUACUACCAUAGAGGAGUUUCUAGGGAAUGUAGUAGAGAGUGUGGAUGGCAUCGAGUCAAUAACCAUAGCCGAUCGUGAAGGUGUCGAGAUACUAUCAGCUACAUCAUCACAUUAUGAUGAGCAGUCAAAUGAUGAUCAGAUAUUGACAACCAUAUUCUCCCUCACUAGUGAUCAGUGUAGCAAGCUACCAGAGUUUGGUGCAUGCUCCUUCGUUAUAGCAAGGUAUGAUGAUGGUAAGCAGUUGCUGCAGGCGACUAUGAACACUCCAUUGGUCAUCACCAUGAUGGCUAAUGCUGAGAAGAUAGAUCGAAGUGGCCUCUUAUCGGUGUUGGAUGAUGUAAUGAUUGCUUCAAAGGAGUUCAGGUUGGUAUUCGACCAACAACAACAACACAGUUGAAGCUUUUUCUAA